AUGCCUGACAAAAAGUCAUCCAGUGCUGCAAAUACAAAAGCCAUAAUUCUUGUUGGUGGUGACCUCAGAGGAACACGUUUCAGACCUCUCAGUUUGAACACUCCCAAAGUCCUUUUCCCCAUCGCAGGCAAGCCUUUGCUUUCCCAUAUCAUUGAACCUAUUAGUAAGAUCCAGUCUAUCAAAGACGUGUUGAUUAUCGGAUUUUACGAAAAUUCGGUCUUCAAAAACUUUUUGUGUGAGUGCAGGGAGCAAUUUCCAAACUUGAACAUUAAAUAUUUGAGAGAGUAUAAAGCAUUGGGUACUGCCGGUGGUUUAUUUCAUUUCAGAGAUGAAAUUAAGAGAAAUAACCCUGAAAAGAUUUUCGUUAUUCAUGGAGACAUCAUUUGUUCAUUCCCUUUUAAGGAGAUUUUGGAGUUCUUUACUAAGCAACAAGAUUACUAUGAUGAUAGUGAAGCUAAAGCUGUUGUGUUUGGUAUCGAUGUUCCAAAGUAUUUGGCCUCUCACCCACAUACUUUUGGUGCGAUUGUUGCUGACAAAAAUAACAAAGUUAUCCACUAUGUUGAAAAACCGGAGUCAAAAUUAUCUAAUAUCAUUAACGGGGGAAUCUACUUGUUUAAUUCAAAGUAUAUCAUCAACAAAAUUGCCGAAGUAAAGCAUUCCAAAGAUGAGCUUGUUGAUGAUGUCACUAAUGUUGACCCGAUAGAUAGUGAUGUUGUGAGCUUGGAAAAUGAUAUUUUGGCCAAAUUACCAGAUGAUGGUGGCUUCUAUGUCUUCAAGUCUGGUUCUUAUUGGAGACAAAUUAAGAGAGCCGCCAGUGCUUUGCCAGCCAAUGACUUGGUGUUAGCGAAUACCAAGACAGAUAACAGUUCCCAAAAAUGUGAGAUCAUUGAGCCUGUUUUCAUCCACCCAACUGCUAAAAUUGCUGCAUCGGCCAAGAUUGGUCCAAAUGUUUCAAUUGGUCCAUAUUGUGUCAUUGAUGAAGGUGUUAGAGUUAAGAACUCGAUUUUAUUAGAAAAUGUUGAAAUCAAUGAAGAUUCAUUGGUGUUAUACUCUAUCAUUUCCUCCGAUACCAAAAUUGGUAAAUGGGUAAGAAUUGAAGGCACAGAAAUCAAGGCUAACGAUCCAGUUACGUACUUUGAAGUCCAUGAAAUUAAAUUUUCCAAGGCUACGAUUUUAUCCUCCAACACAUUUAUUAACGACAACGUUUACGUUAAGAAUUGUGUUGUCUUACCAAACAAGGAAAUCAAAGUUGACACUAAAUUGGAAAUUAUUAUGUGA